AUGCGGAGGUAUAUUUUCACCCAGAUCACUCCUUUACCCUGGUACAUUGAUCGACAAACUGUCGUGGAAUGUCUACACAACCACCCGGAAAUGAUCAGAUUAAACCCUUUGGUUAUUGAUCAUGAGCGCUGUGAUCCCGUUCGGGCGGUUCCUGCGGAUGAAUAUCACUGUGUGUGGUUUCGUAUCACGGACAAAAUUCGCUACUUGCCCUGGCUCUCACGAAAUGUGUCAUACAAAGCGUGCUUCUACGAUCUUCCAUCUGGUCUACAAACACACGUGUAUGCCCCGUCAAAUUUGGACAUUAGAGAAAAAUGGUCCGUUGGUGGGAACAUGCCCAAUGAACCACGGCAGAUUGUCGAACUUGGACUGACAGAUGCUCCAAGGAACGGCCUUUAUCUCCGAGAAGAUGUGAAUAUGGGCUGCAAAUCAUUUGUGGUGCCAUUUGUACAGAAAAAACUGAAGGAUGCCCACAAAGCUUUGGUUGAGCGAUUACUAAUACGCGCUGACAUACUACGGGGAUCAUCUGAAAUGCAAACACCGUCGAACGAACAGUUCCGGGACAAUUCUCCGAUAUCUCUUGAUGAUGAUACAUGCUUAUCACCCGGCACUAUAAUUUGUAGUUCAGGGCAUUAUGAAGCAAAUAGAAAUGCGGGACGUCAGGAUCCGGUUGAAAUUCCAUUACCUCUUCGACGAAGAUAUGAACUAGUUCCAGAGUUACCCUGA